AUGUUCUUGCCGCGGCUGCAAUUGGUUCUACUUCUCAUUUUCCUAUCUGCCACGUGCUCUUACUUAGUGCGCGGCGAAAGACCAAGGAGGCAGCUGAGCUGGUGGCACAAGCAGUACUACCAAUCCUCAUGGGUACAGAGGCUGCGGUUUACGACUACGCCCAGGCCAGGAGCCACUCCUGAGUCCCCCGAAACCAGACUGGUGUAUCCCUGCUAUUGCUAUAAGCCGUCUCUCGACGGGCUGGCCACCGCCAGUCCGGUUGAGAAGCGAAUGAUUGAGACCAAGGAACAGUUCUUCCUAAAUAAGUAG